UUCCUAAACCAUUUCCGGGUCCGGUAGCGGUUAUCCCACCGUGGCGAGUCUGGAGCUUUAGAAGGGCAUCACUGUGUAUUUGUAAACAGCGUGAUGCUGUCAGAGGUUCUCCAGGUAGUGCGGGGUGCCAGCAAAGUCGGCACCGCCUUCGCCACCACGCAAGGAGAGCAGCUACGGUUAGUAGCCUGCAACUCGACCCUGGGAGCCGGCAUCAAAGCAGCUCAGGAUGCAGUUGGGACCUGGACGGGAUUUACAGUGAAACAAGACCAGACCCCCAAAUCUGACGAGUUUCCAGACAUUGAAGGAUGGGAACAAAUGGGAGACCACGAGGCAGCCAAAUGGGCCGUCGGCUCAGAGCUCGCGUCAGAUAUCUCAGGCAAGGAUGAGAAUUUCGAUCCAAUGGGAACACCAAGUGGGACACCCGGAGGAACAGGCUGGCCUGGGCAAAGUGCUCGGUUCUUGCAUGUUGCAGCACCUCGUAAUCAUGCAAGGUUUGUUCAUGACUCUGUCAUGGCCAGGCUGAGUCCAGAGGAUAUCAAAAAGGCUCGGGAGCUUAAACAGAGUACCGCCCGGCCCGUUCGCCAGAAGCUAAAUGAGCGAGCCAAAGAAAGGAAGGUUCCUGUCACACGGAUUAGUCGACUUGCGAAUUUUGGGGGUUUAGCUGUUGGACUUGGCCUUGGUGCCAUUGCUGAGGUUGCAAAGCAGUCUUUUGGAGGCAAGAAAUCAAGUUCUGGAGCCGUGUUAGAUUCUCCCCUCCUGUCCGAGGCCAAUGGCGAGAGGAUUGUUAACACGUUGUGUAAGGUGCGAGGGGCGGCGCUCAAGAUUGGACAGAUGCUGAGCAUUCAGGAUAACAGCUUCAUUAAUCCACAACUGCAGAAGAUAUUCGAGAGGGUCCGGCAAAGUGCAGACUUUAUGCCAGCUUGGCAAACAAUUAAAGUUCUGGAGGAGGAGUUGGGUCCUGGCUGGAGGGACAUGCUCUCAUCAUUUCAGGACAAACCCUUUGCAGCUGCCUCUAUCGGGCAAGUACACCUCGGAGUCCUGCCUGAUGGAAGAGAAGUGGCCAUGAAAAUCCAGUAUCCAGGAGUAGCCGAGAGCAUCAAAAGUGACGUGAACAACUUGAUGUCCGUUUUAAAGAUGAGCGUGCCGCUUCCUGAAGGUUUAUUUGCGGACAGCAGCCUCGAGGUUCUUCACAGGGAGCUUUCCUGGGAGUGCGACUACAAACGAGAGGCAAAGUGUGCCCGGCGCUUCAAGGCUCUAAUGGAAGGAGACCCGUUCUUUAAAGUACCCGAGGUCAUCGAUGAGCUCACCACCGGUCGCGUGCUCACCAUGGAGCUUAUUAACGGAGUCGCACUGGACGGCUGUGUGGAUCUGGAUCAGGAGAUCAGGAAUAAGAUAUGCUUCAGCAUCUUGCACUUGUGUCUCCGGGAACUUUUUGAGUUUCGCUUUAUGCAGACGGAUCCUAACUGGUCUAACUUCUUUUAUAAUGCUGAGGAGGACAAGGUUUACCUGUUAGACUUUGGAGCUUGCAGAGAAUACCCAGAGUCCUUCACUGAUGACUACAUCGAGGUGGUACACGCAGCCUCCGUUGGAGAUCGGGACAGAGUCCUGCAGAAGUCCAAAGACUUGAAGUUUCUCACCGGCUUUGAAACCAAGGCGUUUAUGGAUGCUCACGUGGAGGCGGUGAUGAUCCUGGGAGAAGCGUUCGCCUCUCCAGACGCCUUCGACUUCAGCACUCAGAGCACGACACGUCGUAUCCACAACCUGAUCCCGGUGAUGCUCCGCCACCGACUCACUCCUCCUCCAGACGAGACCUACUCGCUGCACCGCAAGAUGGCCGGCUCCUUUCUUAUUUGUUCCAAGCUAAAGGCGCAGAUUCCCUGCCGAGAAAUGUUCCUCGAGGUCUAUAACGCUUACCAACAGCAACGUCACAAGUCGGCAGGUCAAGAAUAAACUUGGAUGUCUAGGUACAGGGUUUGGGACGAACUGCGUUUGAGAACAGUGUUUGCUUUUCGUUUUUAACGGAGUGUUCUGACUAAGGAGAUUGAUUAUGAAUAAAGACAAAACACAUUCA